AUGGGACAGAUUUGCAUGAAAUUUAAACCAAAUCGCUACAUAGAAGGUGAAGAUAAAAAUAACGAUGUAACUGGCGAAGAAAGGACUCAUUUAAAUAGAGUUCCAAAACCAGACCAUAAAAAAAGCGCAGUUCAUGACGAAGAAGCAGCUUUACGAGAAUUAGCUGAAAAAAAGAAAAAAUCCAAGCCUGGGACCUUGAGACAAGUUAUGACUUAUAUAGAAGCUCAGGACGCUGAAAUCGACCCUCAGGCUCAAAAAAGCCAAGACGAUAAAAAACUUAUUAUAACAGCACUGAAUAAUCAUUUUAUCUUUACAAGCUUAACUGAUGAAGACAAAGAAAUGGUCGCUGAGUCAAUGCAGCUUUAUAUUUUUCAGCUGGGAAGUACCGUUUUCGAACAAGAAAAACCAUCAAGGUCAUAUUAUGUUGUUAAAAGUGGUGUCCUUGAAGUCAUUGUAAAUGGCAAAAGAGUCAACCGAAUCCACCCAGGUGAAGGCUUUGGAGAGCUCGCUUUACUUCAUGAUAACCCACGAUCAGCUACGGUCAGAUGCCUAGAAAAAACCUUACUCUGGGGCAUCGAAAGGCAGACCUUUAGAAAAGUUAUUGAAGAAAUGAACACACAAAUAUAUGAACAGAAUAGGGAGUUUCUCGAAAAGGUCGCCUUGCUACAGCCACUUAGCUCACGGCAAAAAGACUCUUUAGCAGCUUCUCUUGUAGCCUGCAAGUAUACAUCAGGCCAAAAAAUAAUUUCAGAAGGCGAAAGUGGGCAGCAGCUGUUUAUUAUAAAAGAAGGGACUGUUUCAGUACAAAAAGGGUCGCAAGAAAUUGCCAGACUGCAUGCUGGGGGCUACUUCGGAGAAAUGGCCCUGCUUACUAAUGCACCGAGAUCAGCUACUUGUGUAGCUAUUGAAGGUCCAGUCAAAUGUGUAUCUUUGUCCAGAGAAACCCUUCAAAAAACAUUAGGAAACCAGCUUCAAGAUAUCAUAGAAAAAAAUACUAUAAUGGAGGCUAUAAAUAAAUCAGAAACUUUAGGAUACUUAAACAAAGACCAAAAAGACUCUAUUAUCAGAGAACUUCAUAUAAAAAGUUACAAAGGAGGUGACGUUGUAAUCCAAGCAGGGACUUCUUGCAGCUCAAAACUCUUUAUAAUUAUUACUGGCAGGCUUCAAUUUGCAAAGACCACUCAACUUUUUGCAGAUAAAGGCACUGCUGUCGGCGAUGUGUAUGUGGCCCAAACUCAUUCAGAAGAGCAGAAAUAUGAAGAUGACAUGAUUGCUUCGUCUGAUAUGAAAGUGGGUGAACUUACAAAAUACCGAUUCGAAGUCAGCAUAGGCGGCAGAUAUGAAGACGUUGUCAAAGAAAACGCUGCCACCAAUGUCUUAAGAAAAGUCUACCUAUUUAACACCUUAGACAGUACCAAAAUGAAAGAGUUGUUUGGGAUCAUCAGAAGUGUAAAAUAUGGAGAAGGCGACAUUAUCAUAAAAGAAGGGACCCCUAUUGAUGCUGUUUAUAUAGUAAAACGAGGAAAAGUUGACUUAAGAAAAAAUGGGGAAUUGAUAAGGACAGUUAUGAAGCAUGAUUAUUUUGGGGAGCGGGGCUUUUUGAUUGAUAAUAUUUCGACUGUCUCUGCAAUAGCUAAUGGAGGUGUCACGGUAUGGGUUAUCCAAAAUAAUGAUUUUAUACAGCUGGUCAAUGAAAAUAUGAGAAAGCAGCUGCUGAAGAGAAUAAAAAUGGAGGACGAAAGGGUGGAGUUAAAAGAUUUGAUUGUGAUUAAGCUGCUUGGAAAAGGGAUGUUUGGAAAAGUAUAUUUAGUUAGACCUGCGAGUGCAUUUCAGCUAUAUGCGCUUAAAGCGAUUUCUAGGCGUAAAAUCGAUAUCUACGCGAUCCAAGAACACCUACUGCUGGAAAAGCAUAUUUUGCUUUUGAUAGACCAUCCGUUUAUAGUGAAAAUGGUGCGUACGUAUAAAGAUGACAAGCGAAUUUAUUUUUUAUUAGAAUAUAUUCAUGGCCUUGAGCUGAGCAUGAUAUUGAGGCAUGUAGGUCUUCUCAGUAACAGUGAUUCUCAGUUUUAUAUAGGCUCCUUGAUACUUGUUUUGCAGUAUCUUCAUGAACGAGAUAUCAUAUAUAGAGAUGUGAAACCUGAUAAUGUUAUGGUUGAUUCUUCAGGCUUUAUAAAACUAAUUGACUUUGGUACUGCAAAGCAAGUGCAAGGGAGAACUUAUACGCUGGUAGGGACUUAUCAUUAUAUGUCACCUGAAGCUAUUGUAGGAAAAGGUUAUAAUAAAAAUGCAGAUUUAUGGAGUUUAGGCAUAUGCUUAUAUGAAUUCUUAUGUGGAAGAGUUCCUUUUGGAGAAGACGAAGAAGAUCCUUAUAAGAUUUAUGAAGCCAUUCUUGACAUGAAUUUAGAGUAUCCAUCAGAAAUUGAAGGUCCAAGUGAGUCCGCUAAGUCUCUGAUAGGCCAACUGCUAAGUAAAUUAGGAGAGCAUAGAAGUGGAGGAUCAAUAGAGAACCUAAAAAAGCAUGAAUGAUUUGCAGGGUUUGAUUGGGAAGGGCUAAUGCACCAAACUGUUGUGCCUCCUUAUACCCCUGAUGUGGGGGAUAAUUUUGAAGACAUUGAAGAAGAUGAUGCAGAGCAGAGAGAGCCUUGGGAUCAAGUAUUAAAUCAGGAAAGUGAGGAUAGUGAUAGCUCAAUGCCUGAGCUGAUUGAUACUGAACUUGAAGAGUUUAAACUGUCAAUACCAAGAAAUUGGGAUGCUGGCUUUUAA